AUGGGCUUGGGGAGUUUUUACGGCCGAUAUAAGGGCUCAGAGACAGAGCGACCCCAUAAGGGGCCUCCGCGGGCAAUGUCUGCGAGCCCGGUGGCGUCGGUGGUUUCGAGCGAUGGAGAGUACUCAAUGGCAGGGACAGUUCUCAGUCAAUCCCGGAACACCCGCCCGCAGACAUUUAGGAAACAAUCGUCGCGGCCUAAGACAAUCUACCAAUUAGCUCACCCCGCGUCCCAUGCACGUCAUAAGCGAUUGAGGCUCCGACCCAAGCUUCUUCUGCAGCUACAGCGAGUAUCACAAACCCCACGCCCUCUACCUGUCCUGGAUGUAUUACCGUCGACCGUAUUUUUACCUAGAUUAUCGCGCAAAUUCCCCACGAUUUUUCGAGGCAAGAAGGGAUUGGGUCCCAAUGAUUUGAUCAUCGUGACCAGCGAUCUUUAUGAACGGUCCGGGGGGGAUAUUGCUGAGAAGUAUCUCAGCUCGGACGAGGAACACAGUGAACAUCGUGAAGUCGUCGCAACAAUUUGCCAACUUCUCAAGGAGGAUGCGUUGUCAAAAGGGAAGGCGGAGAUUUGUCUUAACUACGGGCCGGUGUGGGAAGCGACACCUCUUCCCAAUGGAUCCUACGAGUUUGUGGCCAACACCGAAGAUGGGAUUCAGAUCCUGCGAUGGGUACUUCGCGGAGCACGGAAUCGCCGCAUCUCCGCACCCCCUGGAACUACGCCCCAGGCGGACACGAAACGAUUUACUUUUAGCGUCAUCAACCCCAACACCCGUCGUCAUCCCGUCAUCGCGACUAUGGCUCGUAAUCACCUGGAGAUAUUUGAUGAGUACGCGAUGCCCACGGCAUCCGGACAUCCUCUGUCGCCGACGUCUACGAUGUCUGUGAUCAGCGAUGAUUCUGAACUGGACGCCUCCUUAGACAAGAAGGUCAUUGAGACGGACGAUAAUCUCCGGACGUUGAUCAUUAUCACCAGUAUUUGGGUGGCCUUCCGAGAAGGCUGGUCGCAUAAUUUCACUUAUGAUGACUCAGCUGUGACUUUCAACGCAGCACUUUCCCCAUCUCGACAGCCAUCUCCAUCGGCAGUUAGAACCGAGAAUGAUCCGAUACCCGCUGGAAGGGAUAACCGUUCGGAAAGGCUGGUAUCGAAUGGCUCGAGGAACCGCGCAUCGGUGCCAAAUAGCUCACAACCUAACGCGCUGUCAGACCGGUCCAUCGCGUACGGUAGUCUGACCAAGCGCUCGAAUUCAACAGGCGCAGCUUUCAUGGAGCGAAACAACCGGCGUGCUUCUGGAACCGUUGGCCGACCCAAAAGACAUAGUUUGCGUUCAAGUCCUCGCGAACUGGACCAGAACGGGAACAGCCCAGUGGAACAAAGUAAUCGAAGUUCCACAACACAGCCAGCAGCCCCGGAUCCGCCAUUGGAUAGCUCGCGAGGUAACGAUAGCUAUCCACUACACCAGCUUGAACCAUCCGAUCUAAAAGCUAAACAGCUGGGCCGAAGCAGCUCCACGAGGAGAUGUCGACGCCGGCUGAGCAAUAUUUUUGACUUCCUGACUCGAAAGCACCACUAA